UGUUGACAUCACUGGUGUAGACAGCUGCAACAAUACACUGCGUUGACAGUGAUACAUGACACAGCGGGUCAACUGAGAUGGCUGCCUCUACGUCACCCACGGACGCGAAGCUUUCUAGUGAAGCAACAGGAGACCAAACAGCAACUAAUUCUAUAGGCGCAACUGCCGAACUUGCAGGCCCUUUAGGCCUUGAAAAACUGCCCUCAGUUUUACCAUCCUCCGAAAAUAAAGGCAGCAGUGCUGCAAAAAAUGCGGAAACGGCAAAGACUUUACAAUUUCUGCCAGGAAUUUCUCCUGUAAAUCAAAAUCCGGGCGGGAAAAUGUCGUUCGAUACGCGGGAUUUUGACGAGAGAGGACGACGGGGCAGCGAGACCGCGAGUGUAAGCGAAGUCCAUUUAGACUGUGGACUGGACAAGAGACAUUCUAGUGGACGUGUAAGCUUAAAUAGUGAAUUAGAAAACGCUGAUGGUGAACUUAGGAAGCACAGCAGCGAGAGUGUAGUGAGUAUCGUGAGUACAGUGAGUGGUGACGGUUUGAUAUCGACCGAUUUUGGCUAUAAUGGUGAUGAUCCAAAGCAUGCACCAUGUAGAACUUUGUGUGAUGAUUUGAUGCACCACAGUGACAUGGACGAGUUUUUUCGCAGCUAUGAUGAUGAAUCAUCAUUAGUAAACGUGGCCAGUUCACGUGAUAGUUUAGCAUCGACAUCAUCAGCUCCCCUCAGAACUUUGCCGACCCUCACCUCCCUCGCUAAUGACCGCAAACAGGCGGAUAUUAAACAGAAUUUCAGUGAUGGGACUCGUAGAUUUUCUGUUCCCACAGACGAUAUUUGUGGCAAUAAACUAAAUACAAAAAUGCCUGCUACCAACAGUAUUGUGUUCCCAAUUAUAAGUGAUGAUGUCAACAGUCAGAAAUCAAUACCGAAUAUCCCUGAUGCCGAUAUCAUCAGAGGAGUUUCAUCUCCUGUUGAAACUUCUUCGUCUUCUGAAAAAACCUGCAUAGUUUCAAUUCCUCCAAUCACCCACCCAGUUCCAGGUUGCACCGUUUCAAAAGAAGAUCUAGAACCAAAUCGCAUUGUGGAGCAACGGAACCACACUAAAGUGGUUCGCUCGGCCCCGUUCUUGGUUCCACCGCCGCGGUUCUCCGUGGACGACGAUGAAGAGGAUCAUGUUUGGAUCGAAGUGGCAGACACUUCCUGCUACUUCGAGUGUCCCGAGCUCCUGCAAUCCUUCAGGUCCCUCAAGCCGCGUCUGUCCUACAGGUAA